UAUUGCGACUUAUCGUCCUCCCCCAAUCCAUAUAGCACUCAUUCAUACCUACCUACCUACUUACCUACCUACCUAGGUAGUUUUCUAGAUCGAAAUUCCCUUCAUACGCACUACUUUCCUUUCCCCUUUACCCUUUUCUCAAAACUUCUCCAUCCUCAUCCAUUCCAUCCUCCCCCCCAACACCACAAUCUUGCCAUUUUCUCUGCUUCGCCUGCGAAAAUCAACCCCGAAGCUCAACCAUUUUGCUCCCUGCAAAUUUCUUCAAACUCAAUUCCCAGCCAGCAAAUACUUCAUUUGGCCUGCUAGUUCCUUGAAGCGGGCCAUCUACAUUGGGAGACACUUUGUCAGGUUUGCUCAAGAUAAGUUGUUGCAUUCAUCAACAGUAACCUACCGCCCACCUCGUUUUCCAUAAAGGAUCAUUGACUUGCCCGGAUUUCGAUCCUGUCGUGAUUCAAUCCCAUUCUCUGCACAAUACCCUCCAAGCCGACUGUCAGUCGUACGCGGACAAGUAUAUUCUUCAUGUGAAUAAUAAGUACACAUUGUACUUAGAUUCAACAUGUCUUCGACUGAUGAAUCAUCUGCCCUCGUCGGCGUGGGCGAAUCCUAUAUCCUCGACGUGCCUCCGGAGGUCCUACUCAAGGUGAUGGAGCAAUUGACACCUACAAAUCUUUCGAACUUUGUUUUGUCAUGCAAGUCAGUGUUUGUAAUCUUCGAGCAAUACAAGCACACCGUCAUGAUCAAUGUUCUCCAAGGGUUACCCGAGUUCGACACCAUGCUUUAUCUCCUUACGGCUCACAAGGAUGAACUGCAUCCUGCCCGUAUGCUCCGCCCUCGUAUCAUCGAUUUCAAUACCGGCCUCUUCACGGUAAACUUGAUGCACGGAGAUGUUGCUCCGAAUUCGACUAUCGUUCCCUGCUCGGUGACCCAGGGUCGCUGCCUCACGCCAGCCGAAGUUCCGAAGUAUACCCUCAAGCCAUGGGAUCUUAUGGCAUUGUGGAACAUGGCAACCGUGAUUGACUGGUGGGUUGAGUUAUUCCCUCGCGUCUGCUGGAGAGACGCUCACCUGAACCGCCGUUGCUUGCGAGGCAGCGAGGAGCUUCGAGUCAGAAAGGCAGUCGCACAUUGGUGGCUGUAUGCUCACUACCACCAUGGAUUCACUUACAACUAUCGCAACUACCAGCAGCCCAAGAGAUGGUCAGACGAUACAAGACUUCAGCAGAUUCGAACCAUGUCUACCAAUGAGAUCUAUGAGCUGAAUGAUCUGUGGGGUGUGGUGAAAUUAGCAGUGAGCGCGGAUCUCUGCUCAUCCCCCGAACGUGUUUGUGUGUGCAAGGGUAACGAAGGAGUAGACCUCGUUCCUUGGGGACAACGCGAAUAUCGACACCAGAAGAUUGUCGACACGUACUCGAAGCUGUCCCCCGAGCAGCUCAAGUAUUAUCUGAUCUACUUUUCGAACUGGAAGAGGGUUGAAACCGCGCGCGAAAUAUCUCAGGGUUCGCGUGACUUCUCUCGUGACACCGAGACCUUGUCCGUAUCUAUCCGGAAGGUUAUAGAAGAACGCGUCGCCUUGAGCAGAAUCGACGACCCACGAGACGUACCGCGUUUUGGAAUUCUAGAUGGUUCUGAAAUGGAUUCCCAGCAUGCCUCUCGUUGGAUGAAUGACGCCUGGCCGGACGGAAAGGUGCCCUUAACUCGAGCUCAGAUUGACCGUCUCCCACAGGACCAGUCUGCACUGGUCGUUCGCGGAGAUGAUGGCACAGACGCGUGCUGUCCGUACUAGUGUCGCGGGCUGCUGUCUAGUCGUUGCCGUAAGUGUAACGGGGAUACCAUGAUACCGCAUGGUGUACGUCUUCCUUAUCGAAUGCGUCGUGCGGGUUCUUACCUCUAAGCCGCAAUCAAACGUCAUCUCUCGAAC